CAUUGGACUUCUGAAUUCUACUUAGUUUCUUUUAAAAAUGUAACGCAAUAAAAUUAAUAAUUUCUUAUAUUUUGCGCUGCAAAAAGUGUAAAGUCUAGGUAAUUGAAACAUAAUGCAAAUAUCAGUCAUUUGUUCGAAGAGAAAGAAAUUUUCCUGAUUUACAUAAGAAUAAAUGUGACCUCUCCCAAAACUUUUUGCGUUAUAUUUAAGAGUUGUUUAUAUGGACAUUCUUGUGUUAUUUACAAACACAUGAUUUGAUUUCAAUAUUGAUUAGUACCCUUCUAUGUAAUUUGAGGGGUAUUAUGAGCAGUUUUCGCUCAAUUAAGUAAUUCAAUGCUAGGAACACAUAGGCCCGGUUUUCCAUCAGAGUUAAAGUUUGGGAAAAAAUUCAUUAAAAAAUUCCAUAAAUAACAACAAUAAUAUUUGUAUUUACUUUUUUAUUUAAAUAUUGUUAAGUAUAUUUCGUUUUAGUAUCGCACAUUUUUUUAUUUAAGUUGAAAAAGAAACAACGAAACGAUUUAUUUGAUUUUCACUGAUUUUUUUUUAUAAAUAUACAUAGGUAUAUGUGUUCCUAAAUAAUUAGUUAAAAAUGAAAUAAAUAUUUAUAAUAUUCAAUUUGCACGUAUACAUACAAUUUAAUACACAAAUAAUGAGUAACUGUAGCAAACAAUUAUUAACGUUUAUUUUUUUAGCAAGUACAAUCUAGAUAAAUAUUUUAAUCGCUUUUAUUUAUGUGUCCUAUGAAAUCAGCUAAAAAAUGUAGUUGUUAGUUUAAUAGUAUGUACUCGUUUGAGGAUGUGUUUUACGAAAUUGUUAAUAUUCUCGUUUUACGAAAUCUUUAGCAUAAUGAAUUUCAUUACAAUAAUUGCUCUGUCGAUGCACUUAAAAUCUAUUUUAUACAAUAUUAAUAAAUGUAUUUGCAAUUAGUAAAUAUGUAACUCCGGUAAUACAUUGCAAAGUAUGUCAACGCUACCAACAUCAUUACUAUCACUAUUAUUUUAAUCCUCAAUUUAUUCAAAAUUUGUUUGCGUUUAUCAAGCUUUUCGUUUACCUAACUUCAUAAGAGAAUUUAAUCGACGUGCUUAUAUAUGUGUGCCUUUUUAAUUUUAUCAAAAGGCUUAUUACAACCGAAAACGAAAUAAUUUAAAAUUAACAAUUUUUGUUGAUACUCCGAAUGCAUGCAUAUUUCAAGUUUGUUCCGAUAAUUUGUAUAUUUUCUACCUCUUCAACAAAACAUUUAAUCUUUUAUUUUAUUUUGUCUGCAUACAUUUUCUCCCAAGUUAUUUAUUUAAUCUAUUUUCAUCACUACAUACAUAUAAAAAGGUCAGUUAGCAUUAACUAAUGCUUGUGUCACUCUGCUCUAAGGUUUCUUAACAUUUUAUUUAUUCCGUACAGAUGCUGGCAUUUGGAGUUAUUAUCGCAAGAAUGUAUAAUUUGUUUAAGGUGUGUAUAAUAUUUGUUAGCAAUCAUAGCUACUUCUUUUGCUGUAACUCAGACACAUAUUUAUUAUAAAAGCCAUACAUUAGGAAUUUGAAAGCAGCGCAGAUGAAAUGUUUAAUCUAAAUCGACAACGCUAUCAUCAAAUCCAAACACAUUGUCUUGUUGCUGCUGGUUUCCAGUUUGACUAGCAUCACUGCCGGUAAUAGAGUUUGUUGGUUGUGGAUCACUAUUGUCGCUACUAUGAGGUUCAACAUUUAAGACGUCACUCUCCAUAACUGUGUCGUCUGACUGUGGUACUUCUGUCAUACUGCUGUCCAUAAUACCAACAUCGGUGUUUGCCAAAACAACUUCAUUUAUAUUUUCUUCAUCGCUUAAAGAUUUUCGACAUAUUGGACAUGUACCGUGUAGGUCCAACCACGGCACAAUGCAAUUUUCGUGAUAUAUGUGCAAGCAUGGCAGCCUUCGCACUAUUUCAUUUAAGCGAAAAUCUUCCCAGCAAACUGAGCACUGUGUUUUGCGUUCCACAUCCUCGGAGGUUACAUGUACUUUGGGAAUUUCAUCUAUUUUUUCUUUUGGCAAAGGUGGUGGACCAGAUGUUUCCAUUUGAUUUAGUAGUUGAGUAACAAUUGUAUCAAUACCUUCACGACCCCAAGCAUAGUCUCCAGGAUUUCCCAUAAAAAACAUUGGUGUAGCUCCAAAGUAACCAUCAUCACCUCCGGAGAGAGAUUGUAAAACAUCAAGAAGCACAGUGUCUAAACUUCCGAGAUUGGGUGGAUGUACUCGACCUCCCCCAGGACCACCGCUUGCUCCGCUAUUAUUCCCUGAACUGCUAGCACCUCCCCCACUUCCCAACAGCAUGCUACUGCGUCUAUUUGCCGGCCCAAUGGCAAUUUCUAUGGGACCGUUGCGGGACAUUAAAAGUGUUUCUAUUUCCCCCCGUAUUGCAUCUAAAUCAACCAAACGAUUUAAGCCAAGUGCAUCAGAACUACUAUUGCUGGGUCCAUCAGCAAAGCUUGAUGUACUGCUGCUGCCACUAGCAGUUAUCGGUACCGAUGGUAGCUCCUCCACAAAUCCACCAGAGCAAUGAGGGCAGGUGAAAUCUGUAUUUGGAAUGUUUACUUCCAUACUACACACAUGACAAUAGAAUCGAGUCGGUAGUGGCGCACGUUCAUCAAUCACAGCUUCGGCCAUUCUGGUUUCGUUUGAUGUUUCAGCCAAUACAAUUGAAGUAGAUAAGACGUUUUCUUCUGAGCCGCCCGUAGUAUUGUCCGUUGGUAUGGAAGAUGAAGUUGAUUUUUUGUUGCUAUUAAUUUUUACUUUUUUAAUUUAAAUGUUUGGAAAUCUAAUUUUUUGUUUCCCUUUCAACUAAGCUAUUUAUUGGGACCUUGCUUAUUUUCUUACGGUAUUGUAUUCAAUGUGCUCACUUUUAAGUUCCACUAACUUCAAGACGUCAGACAACCGUUGUCCAAUAAGUCGAAUGAUUUUGUUGUUUUUGUGUGUUGAAAUUUACCGAUUUUUCCUUUUUUCCAUACUAAAUCUUGAUUUAUAAAUUGUUUAAAAUAUUACAUAUGAGGUUUCACGUAAUGUAAUUGUAAUGUUUUUUCGAUGCCCAACUUGUAACGAUUGAUAUAUAUUCUUAAUUUAAGACUUUUAUGUUAUAAAGCUGAAUGGAAGUUCUGCUAAAAUGAUCCCAUUGAGUUCCACUUAGGAAGUGUUCGUAAAUUAUUAAACGUCAAAGUCACUGCUUACUGACCUUUUACCGAAACAAUUUUUAAGAAACUUAACUAUUGAUUAUUAUUCAAAUAUUUAAUAAAAAUAUUCCAAGUUCCUUCCUUUAGGUAUAUUUUAGUCAAACUGUUUUGACCAUUAAUUAAAUUAAAUCGUUUUAAUAAUAUAAAUUUGUUGAAUGUGGCACCUCCUUAUUUUAACCUCACUUUAUUCUGAUGAGUCGAGGCUGUCACAUAGAAAUAAAAAGUCAUCUUGGUGUUUAGCUCAGUUUAGCUGGUUUUGUGUUGGUCAUUGAAGAAUAUUUCAUUUUCUACCUUGGGAUAUAAUUUAAUUUAAAUUUAUUUGGAUCAGCUUGAGAAAAUAGCACUGCAAAAUGUCGAUUAUGGCUUAUAACGGUGGGUGUCUCGUCGCUAUGCGCGGGAAGAAUUGUGUAGCUAUUGCAACUGACCAUCGGUUUGGUAUACAAGCUCAAACAAUUAGCACAGACUUUGAAAAAGUUUUCCAAAUCAAUCCCCGCACAUUCCUGGGACUUGUUGGCUUGCAAACAGAUAUACUAACUGUGCAUGAUCGGAUCAUGUUUCGCAAAAAAUUAUAUGAAGAUCGAGAAAAUCGGGAGAUGACACCGGAACCGUUUUCUGCUAUGAUAUCUAAUUUCUUAUAUGAACAUCGAUUCGGACCAUACUUCAUCGAACCAGUAAUUGCCGGCUUACAUCCCAAAACUUUGGAACCAUUUAUAUGUAACAUGGACCUUAUUGGAUGUCCAAAUAAGCCAGAUGAUUUCGUAGUUGCUGGUACUUGUUCGGAACAACUCUAUGGUAUGUGUGAAACAUUAUGGAAGGAAGAUCUAGAGCCGGCAGAAUUAUCAGAGGUGAUAUCCCAGGCUAUAGUUAGCGCAUUUGAUCGUGACGCUAUUAGCGGCUGGGGUGCGACUGUUUAUAUUAUUGAAAAGGAUAAAAUUACUAAAAAACAAAUUAAAACACGUAUGGAUUAGAAAUAUGUUUACAUUUUUAUGAAAUAAAAUGUUUUUGAAAUUAAAACAAAAAUAA